GUGCAUUUAACAUCACAGACUCUGGGCUUCACUGUAGAGGAUGAAGCUGAUCUAUUUGCACUGCUAUAUGAUCACCCAUGAUAACUAACAGAGGGGGAUAUCAUCAUGAAUAUCUUAUUUAACUGUUGCUCCUCCAGCACAUGCACCAAAAUGCUCGAGUGAUUCACUGUAGAUUGAAAAUCCGAGUUUUUCUCUGUAAAGGUGUCAUGUACGCAGCUGUACAGACAUAGUUCGUCCCCGGCUUUGAUCCUUUAUUUCUGUGCUUCAUCCUCCUCUAACUGACCCAGGGUAUCUCUUACUCUGACCUCUCAAUGCAAAUCGCAUGCCCUCAUCUGUAAAUACUGUGUUUAUAGUUGUGGCAAAAAAAAUUGAAGAUUUCCAUCCUUCCCUCCCUCUGUGUGUCUUGUCCCUAUUAAGCGUUCUAGAUGUAGGCUUGGCUGUCUUGAUCAUCUUAGAUGAAUGCAUGUUUUCUGUGUUUUUUCCAAGAUGAGGAAGAGGCAACAGAUUGAGACAUUUAAGUAUUUUUCUCUCAAUAAAAAAUAAGCGUUGGUCAUUGAAGCAGUUUUGUGACCACAUUUAAAAACCCCAAAUAUGUCAUGCAGUGUGCUUUGGGCUCCAUUUUAACCAUUGGCUUGACAAGACUGAAUACAUGUGGUUGCUAAUUCUGUUAGCUUCCUUUGAGCUGAUCUAAAAAAGAAAAUAAUGUCUCUGAACAAAAAGAAAAACUUCUUGAUGUCUGCUUGGAAAAGAUAAUUUUACAAUCUGUUAAAGAGCAGUUCUAAAGCUUGAUAGCUUCAUUGCGCUUUUGCUGUGUGUGUGUGUGUGUGUGUGUACAUCAUUAAAGCCAAUCUCUAAAUGCUAACACUCUAACCUCAUUGCUAACGGAGCAUGCUAUUGACUGAUUGAAUUCAGAAACAUUAUUUGUUUAGGUGUUCAGUUUUUAAGAUGUUUAAAAAAACACAGAAGAGAGAGAAUAGAAAGUAAAACUACACCUCAACUCGUUGCAAACAACAAAAAGCCUUUCAGUUCUGUGCUCAAACAGAUCUUUGGCCCCAUAUGACACUGUAGCAUUUUAUUAGUUUGUCGCUCAUUUAUCAGUUUAGCCUUCAUGAGUUUAAGAGGGAAUUUCACCCCUUUGAGAUUUACAGUAGCUCUUGUUUUGAGCUACUGAACGUGAGCUCUUGUGUUUUACAGCAUAUAUAUCGACCGAGAGUACAACUUUUGAUGCCUGUACUUUACAUAAAACUGUGAUUUAAAAAUAUUAUCAAGAUCAUUCACAAGUUGAUGUCACAACUGAGGUUUUACUGUAUUACUAAGGUCCUGACAUGAGUCAAGUAUUUACAAACCUUAAAUUUAAUUACCUGCCUUUAAUUAUCAGUAAAGAUAAAACUAAAACACCUGGAAUUCAAAGCUGUUUAAAUCUAAUACACAAAUUUUGCUUUUGCAUGAUUUAUUUAAGAUUUUAAAUAUUUGAACUCAGGUCUACUAUUAUGCAAAACUAUUGGACAUCACAUGGUAAAAGAGAAAAAUAAGCUGUUGUUUAUCAUAUUAUUUCAGUGUUGUGUGGGCAUGUACAGUAGCAGAUUCUCUUGCACGGUCACUUUGUUGGUUAUUUUUCAUUCAGUCUCUUUUUAAUAAUAAACACUGGGAGAUAUAAUUUAAGAAGAAUCAGAAAAAAGAAGAAAAAAUAUCCUAAAUAAUGACUCUCCUCUCUUCUGGGACAACCAAGCCUUAUGAACUUUGUGAAGUAAAAUUUUUUGAAUGUUUGUAUGUUAUAAAAGAAAAAAAUGGAUUGUUUUAUAUGUUAAUACUGCCACAAUAAAGCUCCCUAUUGAAUAUAUAUUGAAAUAAGGCGCCUAAGGUGUGGAUUAUUUUACAUGUUUGUUUAUUGUGGUCAACAAGAUCAAGAUGGGUUUAAUCUCUGAGGCAUCCAAAAACAUCUCAAUCUAUUAACAUGUACAAUUAUUGUACUUUUCCAUAAUAAUCCUGUCGGGACACAUUGAAGUAUUAAAGCUGAGAUCCAAGACAAUUUUUCUGAAGACUUUCUCAAAGCUAUGUCUCCCUCAUGUGGUGCGAAAUUGAGAUUGCAUGUUGUGUUGGCGUCUCUAUGGUGAUGUUUUUGUUAUUUCUGGGAGUGUUCAAACCUUUGCCAUUAAGACUAAACUCUAGUACAUUAGAGUCUCUUUGGAUGAGAAAAUGCCAUGGUCUGUUUAAAACUUUUUUAUCCAAUAAUCUCAAGUACGCUCUACUAUACCUCUACUGCGGAAAACGUUUUUGGACAGUGCCUCGGUGUAAAACAUUAGUGUGUGCAGUCUGAUCAUCAAUUUCCUGGAAGGAAAGAGAAUGCAUGAACACUAUGUGACAUCGUAAGAAGAAAGAAAGUAAUGCUGCACCACAAAAUGAGUGUAUGACAAUGGAUAAAUCUAAUAAACAUGAGCCACAAAUGACUGUCCGUGCAGCAAAUCCAACUAUGGAGACGUGUCCUCUCACAGGAGCAGGACGCACUGUGUCUGAACUCCUGGAGGACACUGGGAAUUGUCGACGGAUCAUAAACCAAGAGCUGAACCUUCGUCUUCUCGGUGACUCUCUCUCCAGUGAGCAGCAGAAGGUGAGUCAUGUGUUGGACUGGGCACACAGUUUCCUCAGUAGUGGGUCAGAGGUUAACCACCAAUCCUGCAGAGCUGACAGCUUGAUAUUGGCUGAUGAAGAGCAGAGGGAAAGACCUGCAUACAUGCAUCCAUCUGCAGCUAAAUGCCAUCAUACCGUCUCCUGUACUGCAGGUGGUAAUGAGGUAUUUGGACAUUUUCCAGAUGAUCCCUGCAUCCCCUUCUCCUUUAUCCCAGAGCGAGAGAAGUACAAAGAAACUCCUGAGAAUAUAAAAAGUAUGGAGCUACAGGAGGCCGCUAAUAAACAAACUUCUAGCCGAGACAACAGAACAAGCAGUCUGUUUAUAUCUAAUCAAGGACAGCACACUGACUUAUCAGACAGAAACACAAAUCAAACGCUUGCAUCAGAUGGUGCAGCAUGCUCAAUCAAAAAAUCCACAUCACCUUGGAGCAUUGUGGAUAAGAAGGUGUUUGGCACCGCAAGAAACUUGAAACUGAGUUAUAAAACUCCUGCAGCUCUGUCAGAAAGAGACAUAUCAGGACAGAAGAUGGAGCUGAGCGACGUAAACAUUGAGGGGAUGGAGGAAACAGAGGAUGCUAGGAUAGGGAAAAGGAGGUGCAAGAUAAAUGAAGAACAAGAAUCUAGCUCAGCUUUUGCAAUACAUGCAAAGGAUAACAUGAACAGUAUUGAGCCUGAGAAGACACAGAAACCGAUGGAAAAGACUUCACACCUCGGUUUGGGCUGUCAUUUGAAAAUACCAACAACUUUGACUGUAUAUGAGCGGUACCAGCUUUGUGUGGAUCAACUGCAUCAACUCAGAGAAAGACAAAGCCAACACAGCGUACCGGGAUGCUCCAUAGAGUCACCUGCAAAAGAAAGGAAGACAUCUGUAGAAACGGCACCACAGAAUCCUGAGAUUAAAGAACAUCUAAAUAAAGCAGGAAGUAAAGGGGUUACAGCUACAGAAAUCACAAAAAAGAGGAGUUCAGAUGUCAUUAAUAAGAAACAGGACAGAUCUCAAUACAAUAGAAAUAGGGCAACACUUACUGAACAUGGACAAACCAAACAUCGUGACAAUUUGACAAUGGAGGAAAGACAUGCAGCCACGUGUGCUGAGAGAAGAUCUGUUUGUGUCAUUAACACAACUGUUGAACAUCUGGGGCCUGUUGAUAAUGUUGCUGCUGUGGAGGAGAGUGCUGCACUCACUACUAUCCCAGGUUUGUCUCCAGAGAGAAUCGGCUGUAGUCCAGGAGUAGAGGGUUAUCAGAGUGGUGUCAAAGGGCAAAAGACAAAAGUUGGGGGUCAAGCAGCCUCAUCGAGACUCUGUGAAAAGCCAAGUGUCUCCCUGUCUUCUCCAACCAAUAAAGAAAUAUUCCAAAGACCUCAGUCAUCAGGAGUAAACAAGCACACACCAGAAGACAAAGUGAAACCUACGUCAGCCUAUAGAAGUACACACAAAUGUCUGUCACCUACAGAAACACACACACAGCCUCUUCAUGGUGACCCCGGACCAACAUCAUCAGCUUCGGGUGCAUGUCGAUGUAAACAAACUGACAAUUACAACCCAGCAGGUGUCCCUGUGUGUGACUGCUGGUUGUGUCUUCCGGAUGAGGUGUGGCUGUCCAUCCUGUCUCUGCUGCCUCACAGUGAUCUGUGCAGAGUGACGAGGGUCUGCAGUCGCCUGCACACACUUGCCACCGAUCACACCCUCUGGAGAAAUCUGAGGAUUGCAAACUCCGACCUGACGGAGCGGUGCUUACUUUGUGUGGGCAGACGUCGUCCUCACAGUCUGUGUCUGUACAGCUGCAGUGGCCUGUCUCUCACCUCCUGUGGGCUGCAGAUGUUUUUCACUCUGUGUGGAAACUUUCUAAAGGAAGUCAAGGUCACAAGUUGUACUGGUCCUGGUCUCCAUGGUGACCAGAUGCUGCGUCUGAUUGGUCAGCUGUGUCGCCAUGUGACCAGUGUGGAUGUGGGCUGGAGUGGAGCCACAGACACAGGAGUGAAAGCCCUGAGUGACUGCUGCCCAGGGUUGCAACUAAAAUCUAUUGUCCUGAACGGCUGUCAUGUCACUGAUGACCCGCUGAUGAAGCUAGUCAUGAGGCACAAAGAAAGUCUGUGCAGAUUGGAGGUGUUUGGCUGUCAGUUCCUCACUCCAUCCUGUCUACAGGCAGUAUAUGAGAUGUGUCCUGGCCUCCAGCAUCUUAACAUCGGACAGGUGCCAAAAGUAACGGCACACUGUCUCACAGUGAUGACAUCACUGCUCAAAUGUCUCAUUUCAAUAAAUCUCACUGGACUACAGGUGGUCACUGAUGGCACAGUGGAGACUUUGCUUCAGAACUGUGUCGAACUUCAGAGUUUGACCUUCAGCUCCUGUCCUGGAGUCACUGACCUGACAAUGUACAGCAUCAGUAAAUACACACCUUGUAUCAGAUCUCUGGAUGUGAGUGGCUGCAAGGCAGUAACAGACGCAGGAGUUCAGUCUCUGGCUCUGGGAUGUAGAAGACUUCAGCAGCUGAAUCUCAGUUCCACUGGCACAGGAAACAGAGGGGUUACUCUGCUGGCAAAUUACUGCAGCAGACAACUCCAAACAGUCAAACUCAAUUUCUGCCACAUCACCUUAGAGACUAUACUGAAGCUCUGCAGACGCUGCAAAAGGUUGAAGGCGCUGCAUCUCUACGGCUGUGCACGUCUCCCCGCUGAGAGAGAGAUCAGGGAAGUUAACCCCACUGUUAAAGUUGACCCCUUGCCGUGACUCACGCGCAAACAUCAGUGCGCAACUGCACAGAUAGACCCAACAUAUCGAAGGGCAAAAUGUG